GAAGGAGCCCCCCCCUCUCCGUCCCCCUCCAGAGCUGCCGCCGCCAUUGAAACAUACAAUACAAGAGAAAGCUAGCGGCAGGCGAGAGCAGCCCAGGGGAGUCAGCGGCAGCAGGAGCCUCCCGAGGCGGGGAAGGCGGCGGCGACCUCCGGGCAGCUUUGUGUAGGUGCAAGUAAAUAAAAACUUUCUGUCAGCAAAUUGAAAGGAAUAUAGCAGCAAGAUGUCUGCCCGAAGUGGGAAAAAGAAAAUGUCCAAAAUGUCACGCUCAAGCAGGGCAGGUGUUAUUUUCCCUGUGGGGAGGAUGAUGCGCUACUUGAGGAAAGGAACAUACAAGUACCGGAUAGGUGUUGGAGCGCCAGUCUACAUGGCAGCUGUCAUAGAAUACCUAGCAGCUGAAAUACUAGAGCUAGCAGGGAAUGCAGCAAGAGACAACAAAAAGGGAAGAAUUGCCCCCAGACACAUCCUCCUGGCAGUUGCCAAUGAUGAGGAACUGAACCAGUUGCUAAAAGGAGUGACCAUUGCAAGUGGAGGGGUCCUGCCCAGAAUUCAACCAGAGCUUCUUGCCAAAAAACGAGGUGCCAAAGGCAAAUCUGAAACUAUCCUUUCCCCGUCUCCUGAAAAGAGAGGGAGGAAAUCCUUGGUGAGCAAGAAGAGUGGAAAGAAAGCAAAGGCUACCAAAGCCCGGGCACCCAAAAAGAGCAAGCAGAAGGAGAAUGAAAAAGAGGGAGCCUCAAAUUCAACAUCUGAGGAUGGACCUGGGGAUGGAUUCACCAUCCUGUCUUCUAAGAGCCUCGUUCCAGGACAGAAGCUUUCUCUGACACAAAGUGACGUCAGCCAUAUUGGCUCCAUGAAAGUAGAAGGCAUUGUUCACCCAACAACUGCUGAAAUAGACCUCAAGGAGGAAAUAGGCAAGGCCUUGGAAAAGGCUGGAGGGAAAGAAUUUUUAGAAACAGUAAAGGAGCUCCGCAAAUCACAAGGACCUUUGGAAGUUGCUGAAGCUGCCCUCAGCCAGUCCAGUGGACUAGCAGCAAAGUUUGUGAUCCAUUGUCACAUCCCACAGUGGGGUUCAGACAAAUGUGAAGAGCAACUUGAGGAAACUAUUAAGAAUUGCUUAACAGCUGCAGAAGACAAAAAGUUGAAGUCCGUGGCUUUUCCACCUCUCCCCAGUGGCAGCACCAGAAAUUAUGGGAUGGGCACCCGGGCUCCAAAGUUCUGGCAGACAACUGUGGAGAAUCUUCUUUCUGAGGGCUCAAACCGUCUUAGCUUUAAGACUGCCGAUAUGCUCCACACGUGGAAAGAUUCCCAAAUCACACUUCACUGUCUUAGGGUUCAUACACCUGGUGCCAAGAGAAAAGAGUUCCUGAGUUCCCACCCAAGAGCUGUGCUGCAAUCUUUAUUUAAAUGGACUCUGAGCACCCACCUCCACGCAUCAGAUCACUACUUGGAAGUCAACAAGAAUGGAAUAUACAUGGACAAGCAUUCGAAGAAGAAAAGUUACUUACCUUUACAGAAACUGCUUCCCAAAACAGACCGCAGCCCAGGUGACUCUCAAAGCCAUUUCCACCCAUUUUGAUGACACUAGUUCUUCCUCCUUGAAGAACAUUUACUUUCUGCUCUUUGACAGUGAGAGCAUCGGAAUCUACGUGCAAGAAAUGGCCAAGCUAGACACCAAGUAGCUAUGGCAGCCAAAUGAAGCUUUAUUUUUCAACAUAAAUUUGAGUAGCAUUAAAGAAUUAGAGGUGGGUUUUAUUUUUAAAAUGUGGUGAAGAGGGGGAAUAUGUUAGUAGUUUGAUGUUUUGUGACUUAAUGGAGAGCUUUGCUAUGGAGGAGAGGGUUUAGUCUGUGAUUAAUUCUUGCUAUAGAUACCCCCUACCAUUUUAUAUCACCUUAAAGAAAUCUUGAGUAGUUAAUUUGCCAGCUCUCUUCAAAAGUUUGUUUAAAUGUGUCUUGCUUUUUUAGUUUAGGACUCAUUUUAGAUUUGUAGCUUUGAAUUUUACACACACAAUUCUUUGCUCCCCUUUCUUUUUUUGAGGGUGGAUGGCAAAAUGUUAACUUUUUUUGUCUACAUUCCAUGUUGGAGAGAGAAUUUUAAAGAUGUACUAGGACCUUCUAUUUUGUUUUACCCCAUAAUAAUCUCUGUAAUUACUGAGAAUAUUUCAUCUUGUUUUUUGUUUUAUAAGAAAAAAGAAAAGAAAA